GGUUUGUCUCCGGAAAGCCUUUGUCAGAUCUAAGCUUCUCUGAUUUUCUGUUAUUUUAUUUUUGAAGGGUUCUGUGGCCCUACCGCUGAAGUGUGACAGGUCGACCAUGGGCAAAGACUUGGACGAGGCGAUCCGCUGCACUCUGCCCAACUGCACCUGUGAGUGUUUCCAGCCGGGGAAGAUCAGCCUGAGGACAUGUGACUACUGCAAGCAUGGCUGGGUGGCCCACGCGCUGGACAAGCUGAGCACGCAGCACCUGUACCACCCGGCCCAGGUGGAGAUCGUGCAGUCCAGCGUGGUGUUCGACAUCAGCUCGCUCAUGCUGUACGGCACGCAGGCGCUGCCGGUGCGGCUGAAGAUCCUGCUGGACCGGCUCUUCAGCGUCCUGAAGCAGAGCGAGGUCCUGCACAUCCUGCACUGCCUGGGCUGGACCCUGCGGGACUACGUCCGGGGAUACAUCCUACAGGAUGCGGUGGGGAAGGUCCUGGACCGCUGGAGCAUCAUGUCGCAGGAGGAGGAGGUGGUCACCCUGCAGCAGUUCCUGCGUUUCGGGGAGACCAAGUCGAUCGUGGAGCUGAUGGCCCUGCAGGAGCAGGAGGGGCAGGUGGUGACCGUGCCCCCCUCCGAGGCCGAUUCGGGGAUCCGGACCUUCAUCGAGAGCAGCGGCCCGGCCCGUAGCCCUGCCCUGCUGUCCCGCCUGCAGGGGGGCGGCAGCGGGCACGACAGCGUCCAUCACUUCGAGAACCUCCCAAACAGCCUGGCGUUCCUCCUCCCCUUCCAGUACGUCAGCCCCGGCUCCGCCCCCACGCUGGGCCUCCCGGCCAAUGGGCUCGCCCGGGAGCCCAGCCUGCCCACCAACGGGCUGGUGCAGGAGCCGGGCCUGCCCAAUCAGAGCGAGCCGUCCGAGAGCAGAGGGUCGGAGGCGUCUCUCUCGCCCUGCCCCAGCCUGGGCGCCCCCCUGGGGAGGCUGAACCCAAAAGCGGGGCUCGGCGGCACGACCCCGCCCCCCUCCACGACCCCGCCGCCGCUCGGCGACCGGCACGCGCACCCCCACGUGCUGAAGCUGGGGCCCCGCAGCCUGCAGUACUCCUCGCUCUCCUGCAGGCCGCAUCGCAUGCGACGCAUGGGCGCGGCGUCGCGCAAGGGCCGCGUCUGCUGCAGCUCCUGCGGCAAGACCUUCUAUGACAAGGGCACGCUGAAGAUCCACUUCAACGCCGUGCACCUGAAGAUCAAGCACCGCUGCACGGUGCAGGGCUGCAACAUGGUGUUCAGCUCGCUGCGCAGCCGCAACCGCCACAGCGCCAACCCCAACCCCCGGCUGCACCUGCCUGUGCUGCGCAACAACCGCGACCGUGACCUCAUCCGCUCCGCCACCGCCGCCGCCCACCACCCCGCCCCGCCCCUCGCGGCCGGCCACGCCCACCCCCACCCCCACGCCCGUGGCCACGCCCACCCGGCCACGCCCAUCAUCGCCAGCUGCGCCCACUCCGCCACCCCGGUCAUCUCUGCCGUGCCCGUGAUCUCUGUGCACUCCGCCACGCCCAUCAUCUCGGGGCACGCCCACAUGGCCACGCCCCUGCUGUCGGCCCCGCCCACCCCCGGUUUGGACCCCCUGCUUCACGGCCCGUUGGUUUUUCCCUCCCUGAAAUCCGUGCAGCCCAUGCAGCCCAUACCGCCGUUCUACCGCACGCUGGUGCCUCCCGCCGCCCUGGUCCACCCGCCCGUCUCUCUGCCCUCCUCCCUGACUCCGCCCGCCUCCCACAGCCCCCGCCUCCCCGGCCAGGACCCCGCCUCCGAAUCGCCCCCCAAAAAAAAGCCCCGGAAGUCCAGCAUGCCGGUCAAGAUCGAGAAGGAGGCGGCGAGCGCGAUCGACGAGUACAAGGAGGAGGAGGAGGAAGAGGAGGAGGAAGAUCCCGGCUACGGCCGCCAGCGUUCUCCUUCCGCGGGGGACGGGAGUCCUGGCCCGGCACCGCCGUGGCUGGAGGAGCGCCGGGGGGCUCGCUGCGCGGAGCACGACCACCGGGGGGCGCCAGAGAAGGAGCCGGAGCCAGAGACCUGCGACGGGGAGAGGAGCAGGUUUACAGAGCGGCAGGAGGAGGAGGCGCAGGAGGAGGAGGUGCAGGAGGAGGUGCAUGGCCAUCUGAGAGAAAGGGAGACGGAGAGCAAGAUCUGCUCCUUGCCGCCCCCUCUCCGCCCGCUCGUUGCUGUUAAGGAGGAGCUGAGCGACUCCGCUUUCGACUCCGUGUUCUGCGUGAGCCGUCGGGAUCCCAAGUCCACCCUGCACCCCAGCUCCGCCCUGCACCCCAACACGGGCCUGCACCCCAGGACCUGCUACGUCUGCAAGAAGAGCUUCAAGAGCUCCUACAGCGUGAAGCUGCACUACAGGAACGUGCACCUGAAGGAGAUGCACCUGUGCACGCUGGCCGGCUGCAGCGCCGCCUUCCCCUCGCGACGCAGCCGAGACAGGCACAGCUCCAACAUAAACUUGCAUCGGAAGCUUCUGACCAAAGAGCUGGACCACAUGGUCUUGGACUCAGGCCACAUGCCGCUGCCGCUGAUUGCUGGUGGCCAUGAGCGUGGUCUCGAGGCUCUGGGACGAGGAGGUCGAGGAGGCGGGCACGGUCGAAACGAAGGGUUCUCCCCUAUUAAUGGAGCCAGCCAACACUCCCCUGACUACUAUGUAGCAGCGGAGCUCUGUGCUGCCUCCAGUGGCUGGUCCAGGUAUAGCGCGCACUCGUCCACUGCGUCAGACCCCGGGAGCAGUGAGGGAGCCCUGCUGGACGACGCGCGGGCCGCCAGCGAUGGAGAGGACAUCUCCCAGAAUGCCGAGGGGCUUGGGGACAUUCGGUGCCGCAGGAGCAGAGCAGCAGAUUGGCAGCCGUGUGACACCUCCCCCUCGUGCCACGACUCCGCCGCCCCCUCGCCACGCGACUUCUCCCCUGCGUCGCACGACUCCUCCCCUGGCCCGGUGACUCCGCCCCCUUCGGGCGAUCCCUGCGGGUGCGUUGCCACACUCUCUGUCUGUGGCCGCAUGCUGCGCUGCCACGCCCGACUCCCCUCCGCCCGCAGCCGGGACGGACACGGCCAGAGUCCCGACCUGCAGGACAGCACACCCCUCCCCGCCAUGAUGGACUGAUACUAAUACACACCCCCCUCCCGCUAGCCCCCAAGUCUUCUGUGGACCCAGUCCAGCUUCCAGCAUCCUCCACAUUCAUCCAUUGUCUGUUUGUACUACUUUCCCCUGGAAGCCCACGUACAUGAGCAGAGAACCCUCAUCCCAGAUACAGGUAGACGUCUCUGAUAUUUCUGUCCUCUCUGAGAGUGGAGGAGGUCCUUUCUUUUCCAUCUCCGGUUCCCUGAAAUAGGAACCGCCCCCCUUCCUUUCUACAUGGAAAUCACUCUUAUGAUUAACUGGGAAAAAAAUAAAAAUAAAAAGUGCUAUUCAAACUUGUUUUGACUUUUUGCCUGCAGAACUGCUACUAAUGAGAAAGAGAAAGAUAAAAGAGAUCUUCUACGUGUUUUUCGUGCCGUUGUUUCUUUCCUGAAGACUGGCCCAUACCAGAGCGUCACCUCCUGCAUCUGUAAAUAAUUCCCCAACAGACUCCUGCUGUAAAAAUGCAUUGCUGGUUGUUUUUUUUUUAAUUUUCAUGCUAGUUCAGUACUUCAGUACAGUAUGACUGGCAAGGGAACAGGAACUUUAGAUUGUUUCUCUUAAAACACAUUUUAAAUCAGACAGAAAUCCAGACCCCCAGUUGGAUGUGCUUGCGCAGGAAUUGAUCGCAUGCUGUAGGAUUCCAGGAAUGUGCGUUUUUGUUUGUGGUGUUUGUAACGUGCGUUUCUCUGUGACACAAAUGCAGUGUUACACUUUGCAACAACACAAAGGGAUGACUAAAUGCUAUUGUGAGAGGUAGAUGCAUUCAUUGCGGUUCUCACAGAUUGAGAUUGCCUGGCUGAGUGGUAACAGUACUUAGCAGUAGCUGCAUUAACUGUCUCCAGUGUCUCAAACGGCACAAUAAUGUAAAAACCAACCACUGGUUAUCCUUAUUUCAAUUUAUGCGGCUAAGAGGGCUCUAAAUUCCAAGUGUGACUCCAUGUUCAGCUGUGUUUAAAGUACAUAAUAAAGGCCACAUGCUUAUUUCCAUUGAGGUAAUCCAAGUCUAUGAUGUCCUUGAAUCUUAACCCUAAAAUUACACCUGUGAUCUUUUUAAAAUAUUGUUUUUUUUUUUUGUUAUUUCCUUGUGAUGCAAUGUAAUAUUACUGUAAUACUGUAGCUGUGCUGCAGUGUUUGUUUUGUGAAAGAUAUUACCGUAAUGCUCUGUCUGUACCUAUUUCAGAACUCAGCAUAAAUUGUAUAGUACAGCUAUAUCCAAUAAUUGGACAAGGAAGGGCACAAAUCUGUCCAAUGGUAUUUAUUGGUGUGUGCAUUUUCAGCUGAACCCCAUAUAUAUAUCCAAUUGCUUUUAUAGGUAACUAACAAUGAUCAUUGACAGGUAGAGGUGGUUUGAUGUGAAGUAUGGGGUCCAAAAAAGAGUGGUAUACCCCUUCUACAUACAAUCAUAUUUGUAAAAUUAAACACCUAAGCACAUAAAGUUUUCAUUUGUCAUAUUGGUGUCUUGGUAAACACUGUCUCACUCAUUGUGGAUCUGCAUGCUGCUUGUGCUUGUUGUGCAUCUGGAGAGACACUGUUUGCAUAGCAACAGAAAUGCUCUAACACAGUAUAUCCAUAGCCAGGGAUUAUAGAAUAGGGACAAGACAGGAUGUGACAUCACAGAGGAGCUCCAACAAUCACAAAGUACAUUGGUAAUAACAAAUAGAAACAGCGACAGCUUGUGGAUACCUUCAGCCAAUCUCUGUUGGCCUCGUUCCCUUUCUUAUGGUUGAGCUUUUCCCUGAUUUCAAUGGGAAAAGUGAUUACACAUCCAUUCUAUCCCUAUUUCAUUACCCUUGUGAGUAUCAGGGAAAAGUGUCAGUGCUCCUGUUGUACAGUGUGCAAUCAGUAGCUUCACAGAUACUGUAUGAGCCCUUAAACAAUCAAUUCAAUUGCCAACUGGCUGUUGAAUUGUAUUCAUGUUCUGUGUGAAUACUUGCGAUUUCUAUCAGAAUUCUUGUACAUUUUUUUUAUAUUAAAGAUUUAUCAGUUACUGGUGAA